AUUAAUAGUAUGUAUAUAAUUUUAAGAUAGUGAUAAUAAUUGUUAUGAUUUAUAUAUUAAAUGUAUUAAGAUAAUUAGGAUGAAGAUGAUAAAUUAAAAAAUGAUAUUGAAAAAUUUCGAAAUCUCCUUGAUGAAGAAGUGGAAGGAAAUCAUAGAUCUGAAUAUAUGAGUAAAUGCAAAGAGAUGUCAGAGGAUAUUAAAAAGGAAAUAUAAAUACGCAUAAAAAAGGGUGAUGAGAAUUAGAUCAUGAAAUUAAUGAAAUAUUACUCUUAAUAAAAUAAGAGGUUUUAGGAGAUGGAAUAUAAUAAUGUAGAUGAAGACACAAGUUUAUUGCAUGAUAAUCAUUAAUUGGAAGUGUAAUUGUUUUAAGAUAAUGUUACGUAAAGAAAACAGAGAUUAUAAAAUGUUCAUAAGAGUAUGGAAACAGUCAAAAACAUCUACGAGAAAAUCCAAGAAGUUGCAACUUAAUAAGUUGAUUAAAUGUUUACAAUAGAAGAGAACUAUGUUUAUGCAGAAAAUAAAACUGAAAAGGCAUCCCAAGAAUUAAUUAAAGGAUUAUAGUCUUUAAAAACAAAAAUAGGAUAUCGGAUUGUAAUAAUAUGCAUUUUAAUUGUAAUUUUUGGAUUAAUGUUUAUUAAAUGA